UCUCUUUGAUUCCGGACGACGCCUAAUAUUUUCUGUCAUUCAUUCACUGAAGCGUUUAGGUAGCGGCGUAGCGCUUUAUUUUACUGCUAAAGCCCAAAACUGGAGCCCAGCCCUCUCCCGUACUCAUUGCCCUAGCUGAGUUCUUCCAGUAGACUGGACUCUCAUGGUGGCUGCGUACGUUGAAAGUAUACUAUUGAAAAUUCUCUGACUGUGUGAGAGAGGGAGAACAAUCAAGAUACAUGGCGGAGGAGGCGAUUUUGGGGUAUUUAGAGAAUCACGAGGAAAUCUCCGAUUCCGGCCAUUUCGCCGCAGAAAGGGGACUCGACCAUUCUGAUAUUGUCAAUGUCAUCAAAAGUCUUUACGGUUUCCGCUUCGUUGACGUUCAGGAUAUCAAGAGGGAAACAUGGGUUCUUACGGACGAAGGUAAGAAGUAUGCUGUUGAAGGAUCGCCUGAAGUGCAGCUUUUCUUGGCUGUGCCACCAGAGGGUAGCAUCUCAAAAGAUGAAUUACAGAAAAAGCUUGAUCCUGGAGUUUUCAAAAUAGGAUGCUCACAGGCUGGAAAGAACAAGUGGGUGGAGAUGGGAAAGCUAAUAUUGAGGAAGGUUCAACAUGUGGAAGACAAAGUGAAGGAUCUGCUGUUACAAAUUCAAGAUGGCAAGGCAAUUGGCAAAGAGGAUAUCAACUCUCUGAAAGCAAGGAAGCUUAUUGUUCUGCAGACAUGGAAAGGAUACUCGGUGAAAAAAGGUCCCAAUUAUGCACCAAAAAGAAAGAAGCCAGCUACUGAUUUGACUCGGGAAAAUCUACAGAGGGGUGAUUGGAAGGAACUAGAGUUUAAGGAGUAUAACUUUAGUGCUAAGGGUCCACCAGCUGAAUGUGGCCAUCUUCAUCCACUAAACAAGGUGAAAGAUCGAUUGAAAGACAUAUUUCGUCAGCUAAACUUUGAGGAAAUGCCUACAAAUAGAUAUGUCGAGAGCAGCUUCUGGAAUUUUGAUGUACUGUUCCAGCCGCAGCAGCAUCCUGCUCGUGAUUCACAUGAUACUUUCUUCUUGAAAGUUCCGUCAACUACAAGGCAACUACCUGAAGAUUAUGUUGAGCGUGUGAAGGAGGUCCAUGAGUCUGGGGGUUAUGGUUCAAGAGGAUAUGGAUAUAAAUGGAAAAUAGAUGAGGCAAACAAAAAUCUUCUGCGAACUCAUACAACAGCAAUUUCAUCUCGAAUGCUUUAUGCACUAGCACAGCAUGCAAAAGUACAACCAUUUACCCCCAAAAGAUACUUCUCAAUUGAUCGUGUUUUCAGAAAUGAAGCAGUAGAUCGCACUCAUCUUGCAGAGUUCCACCAGAUAGAAGGUCUGGUGUGUGAUCGAGGACUUACUUUGAGUCACCUGAUUGGAGUCUUAGAGGACUUCUUUUCACGACUAGGCAUGUCCAAGCUGCGCUUCAAGCCAGCUUACAAUCCAUAUACUGAACCUAGCAUGGAGAUUUUCAGCUAUCAUGAGGGCUUUGGGAAAUGGGUGGAGAUUGGAAAUUCAGGUAUGUUCAGGCCUGAAAUGUUGCGUCCGAUGGGAUUUCCAGAAGAUAUUAGUGUUAUUGCAUGGGGGCUUUCACUUGAAAGACCAACAAUGAUAUUGUAUGGAAUUGAUAACAUCCGCGAUCUGUUUGGACACAAGGUUGAUCUUAGCCUGAUGAAGAAAAACCCUCUCUGUCUUAUUGGAAUUCAGUAAAUUGUGAAGUGUUUCUGCUUUUUUUCCCCGUUCUAUCAUAGUUAUUAGUUGGAAAACAAAUUGAAAAAGUAACUUGGAAGAAAUUGGCACCGGAAUUCAAUUUUUGGUCUGGCUCUGCAUUCUUGUGGAAUGACCAUGUGGUUCAACAUUGCAUUGCAUUACACAUCAAUGUAUUUCUAACAAUUGGCCAGUUUUCAAAUCUAUAGUCUAUUUAUGAA